AUGUAUGACGAUAAAGCACUUCUUCGGUCGGCGGACAUCGGCGUGUUAAUUGACCAUCGCUCGGAUGAAGAGAUCGCAGCAUGGCUUCAAAAGCGCCACCCCGUUACCUCUGACAAGAAUAUCUGGACAUUUUGGCACUCUGGCUUCGCUCAAAUGCGGCCAUGGGUACAGCGAAAUGUUAUUAAUUGGGUCAAAAGGCUGGGUCCCGAUUGGACUGUCCACGUAGUGGACCGUGUUGAUGGCUCGGAUACGAGCAUCUUCAAUUACAUUGAUACCUCUCUCUUUCCGCAGACUUUCAUUGAUGGGACCAUGGAUGGACACAAGGCACACCAGGGUGACUUGGUGCGCUUGCCUCUGCUGUGGAAAUAUGGGGGCCUGUGGAUGGACGCAGGCCUGAUACUGCUGCGACACGUCGAUGAUAUUUGCUGGAAGCGGAUCGAGGAUCCCGAGUCUCCUUGUGAACUGAGUGCGGUGGCUUUGAUGCACUUGCCAGACACUUACACUCCAUUAAACGGCUUUCUAGCCACCAAACGCAACAAUCCCUUCAUCAAACGAUGGCACGAUAUAUAUGUCGCGCUUUGGCAUGGAGUAACCAACGCAGCGGGGUUUCAUAAACACCCACUUUUGUGUCAUUUACCUGUAUUUCGCCUUCCUAAAAAUGUGGCCAAUAUGACACCCGUGGAGGUGAAUUAUGAAGCCUUCACCGACUACGUGGCCCAUUACAUGUGCUGUGAGCGACUGAGAAAGCUCAGCGACCCAAAGGAUGGCUUCAACGGCGCAGAGUGGUAUAAGGAACACAUGCUCUUACUCAACGCCCGAGAGGAAAUGUUUUACGCUCAAGAAAUAUCCAAUUGGAACGCACAACACCAAUUUGACCUUCUGUCGAUGCCACGAUCUGGAGAUGAUGUUGUUGUAGACACGAAAUGGCAGGAGGCUGAGGAUUUUGUAACAUCGGUGCUGGCAAACACGUCUAUGGUGAAGCUACCUCACGGGCCAGGUAAGGGCGGAUUGGCGUUGAAGAUGCUGGCUGAUAUAUGGGAUGACGAAGAGAAUCACAGUAAAGACAACGAAGAGGGAACUUUUGCCGCCUAUUUGAGAUAUGGUUCUACGCAUUUUGAUCAGACCCGGGAGGUUAAGAAGCUUGAUUGGCAGAAUCCGGAAGAAGAAGUUUAUACUGUCGGUUAUCUGGAGCCUAUAAAAUCUUAA